CGUGUAUUCUUAUUCACGUAAGAAAUUUCGAAUAUUAGUGUGAUUUAAAAGACUCGCUGAUAUGCGAUGAAAACAAGAAAGAAGAAAAUAAGGGUGAAUAAAUUUGGUUCAAGGAAAAAUUGAGCGGUCGAAAUUACACCAGGGGCUCAAGAAACUCGCGUUGCGACCCUGCCAAGCUCUUGUUGCUAUGGUACAGCUGGCGCAUUGGUCCUCGACUGCGAUGACAUACGUAUACACGUAUACAUUGGUAUACGGAGGUGUGUGUCUCAGACGACAGUAGCAUGAAAAUGGUGGUGUAAAAUGACUGGACGACGGGCAGUGUUGACGAACUCUGAGCCCUUGCCAGGAAAUGGGGGUGCUGAUCCAUUUCGCGAACUUUUCGAAGCGUGUAAAACCGGGGACUUGGUAAGGGUGAAACAAAUCGUAACCCCGCAAACGGUUAACGCGCGUGAUACCGCCGGACGAAAAUCUACCCCCCUGCACUUCGCAGCUGGAUAUGGUAGGAGAGACGUGGUGGAAUUUUUACUUUCGGCUGGAGCCUCUAUACAAGCCCGCGACGACGGAGGCCUCCAUCCUCUCCACAACGCGUGUUCAUUUGGUCAUUUUGACGUUGUGCGAUUGCUUUUGGAAGCAGGAGCUAAUCCUAAUACCAGAGAUAACUGGAAUUACACGCCAUUGCACGAGGCUGCUAUCAAGGGUAAAAUAGAUGUCUGUAUUGCUCUCCUCCAACAUGGAGCUGACGCCAAUAUUCGAAACACCGAAGGAAAAAUAGCACUUGAAUUAGCUGACCCAGCAACAAAGCCGGUUCUUACGGGAGAAUAUAGGAAAGAUGAACUGCUAGAAGCAGCUAGAUCAGGCAAUGAGGAGAGAUUAUUGCAAUUACUGAAUCCGUUGAAUGUUAAUUGCCACGCUAGUGACGGAAGACGAUCCACUCCACUGCACUUAGCUGCCGGUUACAACAGAUCGCGGGUUGUACAAAUAUUGUUACAAAACGGAGCAGAUGUCCAUGCCAAGGACAAAGGGUAUGCAGGAUUUGGGGGGUUGGUGCCACUGCAUAACGCUUGUUCCUAUGGUCACUUUGAAGUGACGGAAGCCCUUCUGAAACACGGAGCUGCUGUUAACGCAAGUGAUCUCUGGGCCUUCACCCCGCUUCACGAAGCUGCUAGUAAAUCUAGAGCUGAAGUGUGCUCGCUGCUGCUGAGCGAAGGCGCAGAUCCGACUCAGCUCAAUUGCCACAGUAAAAGUGCCAUUGACGUGGCACCUACGCUGGAAUUACAAGAAAGACUGGCAUAUGAGUUCAAAGGACACUGUCUUCUAGAUGCCUGCAGACAGGCAGAUGCAACGAAAUUGAAAAAGUAUCUGUCUCAGGAUGUUGUUAAUUUUAAGCAUCCCUACACUGGCGAUACUCCUCUGCAUAGCGCAGUGGCAUCACCCUAUCCGAAACGGAAACAAGUUAUAGAAACUUUGAUAAGAAAAAACGCAGCUCUGAAUGAAAAAAAUAAAGACUUUCUUACACCUCUUCAUAUAGCUACUGAUCAUUCCCACUACGACGCAAUGGAUGUCUUACUACGACACAAUGCCAAAGUUAACGCCUUAGAUGGACUAGGACAGACGGCUUUGCACAGGUGCGCCAGAGAGGACAACGUUCAGGCAUGUAGGAUACUUCUUUCCUAUAACGUUGAUCCUUCGAUAGUCUCGUUGCAAGGAUAUACGGCAAGUCAAGUUGCUACGGAGAAUGUCAUGAAAAUAUUACAAGAUCCGCCCAGUGGAACGGAGGACAUCGAAGCACAGCUUCUUGAAGCAAGCAAGGCUGGGGAUUUGACCGCAGUGGAAAGAAUUCUUCAAGCUAGCCCACAUGCAGUCAACUGCCGAGAUUUAGAUGGGAGACAUUCUACACCUCUGCAUUUCGCUGCAGGGUACAACAGGGUCCCUGUUGUGGAAUAUCUCUUAGCACACGCUGCUGAUGUUCACGCUAAGGAUAAAGGUGGUUUGGUUCCUCUGCACAAUGCCUGUUCUUAUGGACAUUACGAAGUGACGGAAUUACUCGUGAAACAUGGGGCUUCUGUAAACGUGGCGGAUCUCUGGAAAUUUACCCCCCUACACGAAGCAGCAGCUAAAGGUAAAUGCGAGAUAGUACGUCUGCUGCUCAGACAUGGUGCAGAUGCAACAAAAAAGAACAGAGAUGGAGCUACGCCCCUGGAUUUAGUGAGAGAAGGCGAUCAAGAUGUUGCUGAUUUAUUACGAGGAAACAGCGCGCUUUUAGAAGCUGCCAAGAAAGGAAACUUGGCCAGGGUACAAAGGCUUGUUACUCAAGAUAAUAUCAAUUGCAGAGACGCUCAGGGCAGAAACAGCACGCCUUUACACCUAGCCGCUGGUUACAAUAACUUGGAAGUGGCUGAAUUCCUCUUGGAACGCGGAGCAGAUGUCAAUGCACAGGAUAAGGGUGGUCUCAUACCGCUGCAUAAUGCCUCGAGUUACGGUCACUUGGACAUAGCUGCCCUAUUGAUAAAAUAUAACACAGUAGUGAACGCCACAGACAAAUGGGGCUUCACUCCGUUACACGAGGCUGCACAGAAAGGUAGAACGCAACUUUGCGCUCUACUAUUAGCACACGGCGCCGAUCCUUUCUUAAAGAAUCAAGAAGGACAGAGUCCUGUCGAUUUAGCGAGUGCCGACGAUGUCAAGUGCUUAUUGCAAGAUGCAAUGGCUUCGCAACAGGUCGUACCUUUGGUACCCCCCAGUCGACCUCCUAGUAUAAUUGCUGUUCCAGUCACUCCUCCACCGUCGCUCACUCAGGAAACUGUGAUAAUGCCAUCCGGUGCGGCAAUGACACUCUGCGUACCGUUGGCGCGACCGACUUCUUGCCUAAGUCCGAUGCCAUCGAUUGAGUCGUGCUCAGAGAGAGAAGUUAAAGAAAUUUGCGAGGAUCGUAACAGCAACGGGAUCACGUCUGUUUCUGGAUUCCUGCAAAGUCUGAGUCUCGAACAUCUGCUCGAAUUGUUUGAAAGAGAACAAAUCACACUGGAUAUAUUGGCAGAAAUGGGACACGAAGACUUGAAGCAAGUAGGCGUCUCGGCUUAUGGCUACAGGCACAAACUAAUCAAGGGAAUGGAUAAACUGCUGACUUCUAGUGCCGGCGGCUCCAUUUGGCAGCCAUCCAUAAACCCUGGAACCUUACUGGUGGACUUACUAACUGAGGACAAAGAGUUUUUGGCUGUUGAAGAGGAAAUGCAGAGUACCAUACGCGAACACAGGGACAACGGUCAUUCGGGAGGUGUAUUUUCUCGAUACAACAUCGUCAGAAUACAAAAAGUCCAAAACCGUAAACUCUGGGAGCGUUACGCUCACCGUAGACAAGAAGUUGCUGAGGAAGUUGGGGCAGCGCCCGCUUCCCCCAGUGCUACUCCCAGAGCUACGCCUAGUCCUGCUGCGCCUCAAGCAAAUGAAAGAAUGUUGUUUCAUGGGAGUCCUUUCAUCAACGCAAUCGUUCAAAAAGGGUUUGACGAACGGCACGCUUACAUCGGCGGGAUGUUUGGCGCAGGGAUUUACUUUGCCGAACACAGUAGUAAAAGUAAUCAAUAUGUUUAUGGGAUUUGUGGCGGUACUGGAUGCCCUGCACAUAAGGAUAGGAGUUGCUACAUAUGCCACAGACAUCUUCUUCUAUGCCGAGUUACGUUGGGUAAAUCGUUCCUACAAUUUUCAGCCAUGAAAAUGGCCCACGCUCCCCCUGGGCAUCACAGCGUGGUAGGAAGACCCUCGCAAGGUGGUCUUGUCUUCCCGGAAUAUGUAGUAUAUAGAGGUGAACAGGCUUAUCCCGAGUACCUGAUAACUUAUCAGAUUGUCAGGCCUCAACAGGAGGCGGGUGGCGGGGAAGGUAGUGAGGAACGGUGAUCAGAAGAGGUGAGCCCUGCAGCCAGACUUUGUCGCCUCUGUUGCUGUCAGAGGCCUAGAACAUGCGGUGUGUUGUCUUAGGUUGUGUCCGAACUUUUAUUUUAUCGACAUUACAUUUUUUUCAUUAUAGUUUAUAUUAUACCCUAUAUUAUAAGGAUUGAUUGAUUAAUUGAUGGGAAAGAAUCUGGUGUCAAUGAAUUAACAGCGAAGCUUAAUCAUUUUACAUUCUUGUUUGUAAUGGGUUUAGAAUUUAUUGGUUCUCAGUACAGGUUAGAUCAGUAAUUUUCACAAGAAGAGAAAGGGAAGUGAGAAAAAAAAUAGACAUGCAACAGUAUUACGAACGUUUCGUUUUUUCAUUCGUUUUUCUAUACAAACCUGUGGUUUUUGCUCUUUCUGUUAACGUAGUAUUUAUUUGUAUUAUUAUUAUUGUUUAGUAUUGAUUGGUCUUGAUCGAUCGGUGGAUUGAAUAUUCUCACUUCAAAGGAGACUUGACUAAUUUUUAUUAUUACAUUAUUUUAGAACAAUUUUUUACGACAGAAUGUAUGCAUUUAAAGUUAUUGAAUCAAUUUUUACUUUAUUUUUGUAGAAAUUUAUUUGGAUUAUCAAUCAUUUUAUAGGUCGUCAUCCAUGGCUGCGUAAAUAGGUAUAUUAUUCGUUCAUACAUAUAUGUGCAUGAAAUAAAAUUUAGGCAUGAUCUAUUCGGGGACACACACCUUACCGAAUGCGUGUGUAAAUGUGAAGAGAAGUAAAUGAAUUUUAUACAUUUUUCAGGGAUAGACGCUAUUCUUGGAGUAAUGAAAAAUGUAGCCACAAAUUAAACUGAUCUCAAUAGAUCUUUGAAUUUUAGUUAGAUCCGGUAUAAAUCAAUUGAUUCGUAUAGUCUAUAUACCUUGAGUUAUACUGUCACAAAGACAUUAAAAUAAUUGAAAUAAAUGAAGUAUAGUGAUUGUACGUUUUGAGACGCUUAAAUAUGACGAUUAAUUCACCCAAGAUAAAUCUAAGUUUAUUCGUGGUAAAGCGGUAUCAUGGUAACAAUGAAAUCUUUUUUUUUUUCUAACGAAAAUAUGAUGGAAUUUGAAAAAAAAAAAAACAAAAAACGAAUAUUCAAAACAUGAGUAACGUAAUUACAUUUGUUGAAUUUAAAUGACCGGGAUAGCCUGAAGUUUAGAUAACUCUUACAAGCAUGUAAUUUCGUCGUUAUUAUAUUCCAUCGUUACUUUCACAUAAUACCGUACAUCUUUAUAAAUAACCUGAAUUAUGAAAAGUGAGGUUUGCCAGGAGAUAUAAUCUUUGUAUCAAGCUAUAGUCAUCGGUACUUAAAAUUCAAUUCAUUCAAACUGCCAGACAUGACGAACACGAUUUGUCCAUUUUCACAGAAUUCGUGUCAUUCAUUUAUAUUUUUUUUUUUUCAAGACAGAUACGAAUCUUCAUCAUUACUGAAUUAAGUUUUUGAGACAAUUAACUCAGGGCUGUGAAUAUUAUUUUUAUUUCGGGUAAAAUACAAACAUCGAAUAUGAUACGGUGCGACAUAAGAAAAGGUGGGUGAAAAAUUUGAAGAUUCGAUAGACUGAAAGAAAAAAUUAAUAUCUACCCAUGCUGGGUAUUAAUUUUUAACGCAACGAGAUAAUGAACGAUUAAUUAUUACACAGUUGUUAUUACUAUAAAUUAGCGUUCAUUCUGAAUUGAACAUUGACCUUUCGACAAAGUAGGUAAUUGUAUUUCGCUACUGCAUCGCGUCGGAACGAUGGACCUUCACUGUAAGAAUUAAGUUUUAUUUUCAUCAACCAAGUAAAUUUCCACUGCAGAAACUGCGAUUCUUGAUUUGUUCCAGAACUUUACCAAUAAGCCAAUUGACUUUGGAAGGGAAAAACAACUUCCGAAGUCCGACGCGGAGCAUGUCUCGUAGUAUUUUUCAAAAAUUAUCUCGUCUGUGAAAGAAAUAUUUGUCUUGCAUUUUAUGUAUUCGGAAUUGAAUGAUAAUAAUAUUUGCGACGACUUCUAUUCGUUUCUCAAGCUGUCUCAAUGAAAAUAAAAAUAAAAGAAGAGAGCUUGUCUAACUACUCGCAUUGCCUCUAAAAAUAUUGAAAUUUUAAUUAUUUUGUACAGGAAAAAAAAAAAAAAACAGAAAAUAAUAGUCCGUUCGAUCAGACGAAUACUCGAUUUCAACGCGUGUGCCGGAUAUUCCGUUGAAAAAAAAAUUACUUUUAGUUUUAAUCAUCCUCUUUGGAAUUAUAUAUUAAUUUAAUUUUAUUAUGAGGUGUGGGGUCAACCGAACUUUUCACGAUUAGCUCUCUUCCCAAUUUGCAUUCAAGAUAAGACGCGACCGCAAAGGUCAUCAAAGCGCCUCAUUUCUUGGCAGUCUGAAAUAUUACGUUACUCGGACUCAAUUUAUUACACGAUAAUCGUUAUGCUUACGUUCGGUAUAAAUUUUCAAUUCUUCUUGAAUGGAUAUAUUUUUCUUCCUUCCUCUAUUGAUACCUAGGACCGAAUUCAUUGUGGCACAAAAUUUGCUGUCGUACCAUUUGAAGAUUAAUUAAUCAGUGUUAAUUUCUCUUUGCAAAACUCUCUUAUAAACGUUAUUUAAAAUUAAUCGCAUUUUACUUCGGCUGUUGUAUGAUAAUUUUUUUGCCACCUUUCGACUGACAGAACAAAGUUUCCUGGCAAAUCUGACAAGUUUAACUGUGCAAUCCGGUUUGCUCAAUAGGAACGAUCGUAUAUUUACUUGCUACGAAACAUGAAAGAAAAUAUUCCUAGGCUGGUCGGUUGUAAUUGGAAAAAAAAAAAAAAAAUUGACAAAAAAUGUAUGCACAGACCAGGAUAGGGAGUAUUUUUUGAGCGUCAAUUCCAAUUCCACUAUAUUAGCUAAAUAUACAAAGGUGACGGUGGUUUUUAUUUAUGGGUAUUUAGCUUGAUUAAAUAUCUAAUAAAUAAUUUUACGUGGGUGGAAUAAGUGAGUGAGUAAAUGGAUUUAAAAAAAAAAAACUUAUAGUAUGUAAUAAUAUAGGUGCAGCACGAUUAUUUUUAAUAAUUAAAUAUAGGCUAUAAAUCAGGACGAAUAUUUGGCUUGUAUACAUUUUUUCCCCGACAUGUGG